GCUCCUGCGGGGUAUCCGAGGGGCUCAGCCUGCUUUCGGCUUCGGUAGCUGGAAGGCCAGGCCGAGCUCUCCUCCGCAGACAGACAAGCGCGGCCGACGCACGACUGAUUCCCACGAGGACGCCGUCGCCUAUAUGUCCGAUAAACACCUGGCAAAUGGAGGAGAGAAAAAAACAUUUAUCUGCAUCGAAGGGAACAUUGCAAGUGGGAAAACAACAUGCCUGGAUUAUUUUGCCAAAAACUCUAAUAUUGAGGUGUUGACUGAACCAGUGUCUAAAUGGAGGAAUGUUUGUGGUCACAGCCUUUUGGGCUUAAUGUACCAAGAUGCAUCACGUUGGGGCAUAACGUUACAGACUUAUGUGCAGCUUACCAUGUUGGACCAGCACACAAGGCCAAUGACUUCUCCCAUAAGAAUGAUGGAGAGAUCAAUUCACAGCGCAAAGUACAUCUUUGUGGAAAACCUGUAUCGGAGUGGGAAAAUGCCAGAAGUGGAUUAUGCGGUAUUGACAGAAUGGUUUGAGUGGAUCAUCAAGAAUUUGGAUGUUUCAGUGGAUUUAAUAGUUUAUCUGCAGACCUCUCCCGAGACGUGUUACGAAAGGCUGAAAAGAAGGUGCAGAGAAGAGGAAAAGAUCAUUCCAGUGCAAUAUUUGGAAGCUAUUCAUCAACUCUAUGAGGAGUGGCUCAUCAAGCAAACACGGUUUAAGGUUCCUUGUCCUGUGCUCGUGCUUCAGGCUGACCAAGACAUGCGGGCCAUGAUCGAGAAAUACGAAGAAAACCGGGACCGAAUCUUAACCUCCUGCAACAUGCAGCAGUGCUUGUAGAAAUGCAUACAUGUUAUUGUGCUGUCUGUUUGCAGAACCCAGUCCUAAGGUCGUAGCUGUUACUUAGAGCUCUGUGGUAAACUCCGCAUAUAUGACGGGGUCUUCCGUCACCUCCUCCUAACAGUCUCACCAUGUGCCUCUUCUCUGGUGGGUUUCGCAAUUCGAAGGAGCUUCAGUGAGGUGCUGUUGGGGGAGAACUGAAAUGCCCCAGUGCUUGGACACCAGAUCUCAAAGAUGUCUCUAGAAUGCAGCCUAGAAUCAGAAAAGGAACUGGACCCGUCCUCCUGGAUCCCAGAAUUUCCUUUCCCUGCCGGAAAACUCCCCACCUUGAGUCUCUGUGUUGCCUUGGCAACUCUCCCAAGCAAUUUGAGGUUUUAAGUGUGAAGGAUUUCCAAAGGGAAAACGAAGCCUGCUUGCUAGGCAGAUGUUUCUGACCCCCGCCCUUCUGAGGUCUAUUUCAGACGGUUCUUCCACAGUCCCCAAACUGGUUUAUGGACUUGGGGCGGUUGAAAGAACAGCUCUGAGGGUCACUCAGUCGGGUGACUUCUUUGGAGGGAAACUGAGGGAACACGUCGAAGGUCUGUUGCACUCUUUUCUGAAUAAUGAUUAUGAAGGCUGCAAUAUUUAACUGGUAUUUUUCUGUGUAGAGACUUGAAUGAGAGACUAGAAACUUUAAAAAAAAAUCCCCCUUCAUUUUUUGUUACAUUCUGAUGACAUAUUAUCCUAUUGUGCUGCUGUUACUUUGCUAUUUCAUGGACAGUUUUCUGAGAGGUUCUUUCUAAAAUACACGUAUGUUCAAAAUCUUAUUUGUAUUUAAUCUGGAAGAAGACAAAGUAUAGGGUUGGUUUUUUUAAAGGGUUGAAAACUAGCUGGUGUAUGAACAGACAAGUGGUAUUGUGUUUUUAUUCAAAAUUGUCUGCUGUUCUCUUACCACUCAUGCAUUUAGAAAAUUACACAAAACCUGAAGGAAAAUAAAUGUACCCAAUCAGCAGUUUCCCUAUUUAGCUGAACAGAAUUCUGUUCCCUACCCUGGAGUUCAUAAUUGGGAUUGUCUUAACUUUGCAUACAGAUUACAGGUAUUAAUUUAUUUAAAGCCUUUAUAUGCCACCUUUCUACACAAACAGAGUCCCUUCCUUUCAGGUAAACAAGGUGCUUUAAAAAAACAAACAACGGGGUUCACACUCAAAUGUUGCAGAAUACUUGCUCAGAAUGUGUCUGUACUUCAGUCUUGCUACAGGGUCGGCAUCCCUGUGGCAACUGUCCUACCCUGCUGUUUAACACUGAGUACAACUCUUGGUGUGAAAUGGGACCAUCAGACAGUGAGUGUCUGUACUCAUGAUUAUGUCAGACUCAAUU